GCUUCCCUGUACAGUGAGAGACAAGUUAAAGACAGACCCAAGCAAGAGGAACAGUUCAGUCAUGGAUUCCAGACUGUAUACCGAGACAUAGAGAAGAAGGAUAACCCAUAACUUUAUGGAUAGUGCUGCUCAACUUGUCGGAAAAGUUGGAAAUACUUUCGUGAGAGGCAGGUGAACUCUGCUCUCACAGGGAGAUUACAGCAGGACAUGCUUCCAGCCACUGAACAGCUCGACUUCACUUGCAGCGUCAUGGGAAUCUUACUCACAUGGAGGAGACCGAACUGUACUACUGACAACAUACAGUGCAGUCAGUAGUACUCUUCAUGUGAUAGCGUAAAAGUCUACUACAUACAACCUGUUUGUGUGACACUAAACAGGAAUACAGGGUAGUGUUGUUGUACUUGGCGCCCUCCUGGAGAAGGUAAGAGGAGCUGGAUUUGUCCAUACAAAGGCCUUUUGUUCCCAGCCAGCGGUGGAGGUAGAAUAGCAGCAGCUUGGAUAGCUGGAGGUGGGGAGAUGAACCUUUUGUGACAUUUUCAUUGGACACUUUGCUCGAGCUGCUACCUGUUUUGGUUUGCCUCACUUAGCUCUCAGUAGGUGUGACACUUUGAACAAAAAUGGACAGUGCGAGUAAUAGCUCAGAUGGAGCGGGGAAGCAGCCCGCUAGUUCCAUCCUGAAUGUCUUUAACAGCUUCUUCAGCCGGGAUAGAUCUGCCUCUUCGAACGCGGAGUCAGCUGUGUUGACUUCUUUCAAGGAGCUGGCGGAUGGGGAAAACCCUUUUCCUGAAGGUGGUCAAACUACUUGUACUGAGAACAAGCUACAAGGGAGGGAAGGCAUGCUUCGGGGUGAUAUGACUGCUUCCAGUGAUACAAGGCAGAGGGCUGAAGCAUUGGAAGCCUGCAAGGAGUCUGGCGACCAGGUUAAAACAGCAGCCGGAGUCUUGGUUGACGCAGAUCUGGUCCAGGUAACGAGGGUGGAAACAUACAGUGACGCAGAAAAUGAGGAUGAGGAGGCGGCCCGCAGCAGCCUUAGCCUGUCAGAGAAACUUGCAAGGACCAUGGAGCAUGCCCUACCUGAGGAGGACGGUAAUAAAGGGGACCAUGGUGAUGGAAAUGAGCUAAAAGAUGCCAGUGAGGAAGAGUACCUAGUACCUGUGUUUAGAACACACAAACUGAAGAAGAAAUCCCACAUAGAAGCUAUUCUGCAUUCAGACAGAUUCAUCAGCAGAACUGACUCAAGUGCAGUCCUGGUCUCUUCAGUUUCCAAAGAGGGUGGUAAUUACAGUCCCAAGGAGAGCACCACCAACGUGUCUAUGGAUGUAGAAACAUCUGGGGCUGCAGGGGAUAGUAACAACAAACUGGGAUCAAACGAAACCGAUGAAUAUGCUGCUAUAGACUGUUCUCUGCCUGUUCCUUCUGUCAUCUCUGGACAUCUGGAUUUGGAAUCUGCAGGUAAUGGCGCUGCCCUGGUUUCUCCGUUAAAGCAGACAGAGGACUUAGAUAGCACACAAAAGGAGGAGACAUCAAGGGCUGAGGACCCUCACUCCAGCCAGGUGUCCUCCUGUGUUCCCUCCAGCCCUCCAAUCCAGCAGAAUCCUGAAGUCUCAGUCCAAUCGUCCUCCAGUCCAGAGGUGCUGUCAGACUCUGCUGGUAUUGCAGAUCAAGCCAUCUCGCUGUCAUCUGCGCCCAAAGAGUCCCCAGGUGACAUCCAGCCAAGUGCCAGUCCUGCCUCACAGCGCACACCUGCUCCAAAGACACCAGAAACAAGCACACCACCUCGAGCUUCAUCCUCCGCCUCAUCCCCAUCCAGGGCCACGUCUCUGUCUUCGCCCCCUUCCUUCCAGAUGCCGGCUCUCUUCAGUGGGUUGCGGGUGCUGAAGAAAGGAGCGGUGGGGGAAGACAGGGAGACCAUGUCAGAGAUCAAGCAGAGGGAGAAGGAUGCAGACCUGGCCCUGCUCAGCCUGAAGAAGACAGUAAACAAAGCUAAGCUCUUCCCCGAGCAGAAGAUAACCACUCCAGCCAAAAAACACGCAGAGCCUAAACCUGUCGCAGAAACUAAAAGCACUGUAGUGGGACAGCUCAGUCAGCUGCUCAACUUGGACAACCAAGACGGAAGCAAAAAGUCAGAUGACGGCCAGGAUGCUGAUCCAAAGACGAAAAAAGAGUCUGAGGACAGAGAAGAGGUUGUGGGGGAGAAAAUUCCAGGCCCAGAAACCCCCACUUCCUCAGCGGAAAGAAAGAAAACUUCAGACCUGGCUUACGAAACCUUCAGGAACAUCUUUGGCCCCAAAACAGUCAGAAAGGAGAAAACAGAGGAUGUGGAUCUGGAGGCAGUGAAAAAAAAAAUCAAGAAUGACAAGGAAAAUCUGAGGUCUAUUUUUGAAAGAGCCUCCAAAUCUCCAAGCAAGGAAGUCAAAAGUCCCACAGAGGCUAAUACAGAGGUCACGUCCCCUACAGACGGUGAAGACCGGACUCCAGGGCGCCUGCAGGCUGUGUGGCCUCCACCCAAACCGAAAGAUGAGGAAGACAAGGUGGGGCUGAAAUACACCGAGGCAGAGCACCAGGCGGCCCUCUUGCAGCUGAAGAGAGAGUGCAAGGAGGAGGUGGAGAGGAUGCAUUCCGACUUUGAGCUCCAGAUCUUCCAGCUGCGAGGUGAGAAUGCCGUCUCAGUCUCACACCUGGAAGGAGUCAUUGCCAAGAUACAGAGAGACAGGUCGUACAACACAGGCCAGGAGCGGAGCGAGGUCUGCGAUGCUGCUGUGUCCACCGCAGAUGAUCCGAUCCUCAAGACCUGCCGCACCGUGGGCAUCCAGACGGACAGGGAGACCUUCAUCAAGAGCCCUGGGAGUGACGGCAGUGGGCUUGCUCAAAGCCCCACCCAGAACAUGCCGAAAAAACUCAAUUUGGACUCAAUUGGACUGAAUCUAAAAGCUGAAACAACCCCAGGGCCUCCUGGACCACCACCACCUCCUCCUCCUCCCCCUCCCCCUCCCCCGCCAGGCCUCUCAGGACCACCACCCCCUCAUCCUCCUCCUCCUCCCCCCCCCCCUUUGCCAGGCAGCAUGGGAGCACCUCCACCACCCCCACCACCGCCUCCUCUCCCUGGUGGUGGUCCUCCACCCCCACCGCCUCCGCCUCCCCCUCCUGGUCUACCUGGAGCUGGUCCACCUCCUCCUCCCCCUCCUCCAGGCUGUGGACCGCCACCUCCUCCCCCUAUGGGGGGCUUCAGUCUUGGCCAGAAGGUGGAGAAGGCCCCUCGGAAACCUGCCAUUGAGCCGGCCUGCCCCAUGAAGCCUCUGUACUGGACCAGGAUACAGAUAGAGGACAAUAACAACAACACACUGUGGGGUUCUCUGGAGGAACCAAACAUCUCCAACACCACAGAGUUUGAAGAUCUUUUCUCCAAGGCCACGCUGCAGCCGAAGAAGAAGCCCCUGUCGGACACCUAUGAGAAGAAGGCCAAAACUAAGAAGAUUAUCAAGCUGCUGGAUGGGAAGCGUUCACAAGCAGUUGGCAUCCUCCUGUCGAGCCUGCAUCUGGAGAUGAAGGACAUUCAACAAGCUGUUCUGACUGUGGACAACUCUGUGGUGGAUUUGGAGACUAUCGAGGCUUUAUAUGAAAAUAGGGCCACCAGUGAUGAGAUGGACAAGAUAAUGAGACAUUAUGAGAAGUCGAAAGAAGAUGAAAUGAAACUGCUGGACAAGCCUGAACAGUUUCUGUACGAGCUCUCCCAGAUUCCCAACUUCGCGGGCCGAGCCCACUGCAUCAUCUUCCAGUCAGUAUUCCUCGAUACAAUCUCCUCCAUCUGUCGCAAGGUGGACGCCAUCUCGAAUGUCUGCAAAAAUCUUUUAGAGUGUAAUCAAUUGCGGGAUGUAAUGGGUCUUGUUCUGGCCUUUGGGAACUAUAUGAACGGAGGGAACAGGACAAGAGGUCAGGCGGAUGGUUUUGGGCUGGAGAUUCUCCCCAAACUAAAGGAUGUCAAGAGCAGGGACAAUCACAUGAAUCUGGUGGAUUAUGUUGUUUUGUACUACCUGCGUAAUUUUGACAAGGUAAGGCGCUGUCAAUUAAAUUCAAAGUUUGACACGUUUAAAGCAUCUGUUGCUCAUCGCUUAUCUACUGUUACGUUUGCUCCACUGUCCCAGCAUGCCGGCACAGACAAGAGUGUGUUCCCUCUGCUCGAGCCUCAGGAUUUCUUCCAGGCCGCUCAGGUGAAGUUUGAGGAUCUCACCAAGGACAUGCGGAAGCUGAAGAAAGAUCUGACUGCGUGUGAGAAAGCCGUGCAGAAGGUGUGUGCUGACUCAUCAGAGGAACACCUCCAGCCCUUCAAGGAGAAGAUGGAAGGAUUUAUCUGUGCAGCUCAAAAGGAGCACGCAGCCGAAGAGGACCGACUCAAUGCAGCACAGAAAAGUUUCCAGGACACGGUGAACUACUUUGGGGUGAAGCCAAAGUCCGGGGAGAAAGAGGUGACCCCGAGCUAUGUUUUCAUGCUUUGGUACGAGUUUUGCAACGACUUCAAGAACACCUGGAUACGACAAAACAAGAACAUCUCCAAGGAGAGGUUGAAGGAAGCUCAAGAAAACAUCAAGAAGAUCACAGCAGAGAAGAGAGUUGAAACCAAGAAGAUCAAUGCCAACAGUCUGAAAGAGAGGCUGCGGCAGAAGGAAGCCAGCGUGUCCUCCAGCUGAGCGAAAUGACGCAGCAGAAGAAGUAAUGAGUGGCGGCAGUAAGAAAGGUGGAGAAGAUGAUGGAUCAGAAAGUGUGCACGCCUCAUCUCUUUUGCGUUCGCCAGCUGCCUCUACAACGAGGACUCUCCCUCUGUGCCCCGCGUAGACUCACAAUGAAACCUCUCCUGACUCUGACGACUCCCGCUGUCGUAUCUCUACCCCACUAUCAGCGCCGGACACCUCCCGCCCACCCCCACCCUCAUGUCGAGCUUUCUCUGUCUGCUGAACAGAUAAGACGCUGGGCCUGCAGCGAGGAUGCAUGGCUGACACAGCCGAAGUGAUGAGAGUCUCAAAGGCCAAAGGUUGAUCUCAUUCAUCCAGUGCGGCGUGACCUCUGAGUGCCCAGCUUGUGAAAGGUCUCAAGGGGUCAGCGGGAUUCUCAACAGAGCCAGCUGACAAAUCCACCAGGUCCCGUCUGGAUCUACGAGAGCUGAGAAACCGCUUCUUUCUGAACUGUGGAUGUUACAUCAGACAGCAGAAUGAUAAAGCUCCGACAUAUUCAACGUGUUAAGACGUUGUUGCUGUUGUACGAACAGAUACAGCCGCCUGGAGGGAAGAAUCCCUGUUCAUAAAACACACCUCUCUCUCUCUCUGGAAGUAGUCAAAACAAAAAGGAAGAAAAAGAGUUGCUGUAGCGAAAAGCUUCUCAUUCACCAUGGCUCAUUAAGAGUCUUGUAAAUAUGUCAUGUUGUAGAAUCGGCAGGGAACGCGCGAUAAAUGACCUGCGCUGCGGCUUCGAGUGCAGAUGAAGACAUGUUGCGUAUAAAUGUGUGUGCGAACAAAUCAGCAUGUGGAGGUUUCACUGUAUUGUGUAGCACUGCACCAGACUGACCUCUCCUGGGUGACAGCCAGAGAGGAGCAGAACCUGGCAGCGAGCCUCGGGCCCCCUCACACACACACACACACACACACACACACACACACACACAAACAUGUACUUAAAGACAUCAGAAGAACACAAGUUUUAAACCCAAGAUAUUAAACAUUGAACUUGUUAAUCCUUCACUGACCGCCGUGCCCGGCACACUUUUAAGCACUUUACCGCUUGCAGUAGCUGUAUGUCGUAGCUCACUAUAAGCCACCCUCCUCUGUUAUGCUAACCGCGUACAUUUUUCAGAUGUCUUGCACUGUUUUGCACCUCUUUUCCUAUGCAAGGGUGUGGUUUCCUUGUUAAUAAGAUUUAUUAAUUGUUUUUGCUUCAUGAUGAAAUCUUACUAGAUUUUGUUUUUCUAAAAAAAAAAAACAAAGUGCUAAGAUUACUGUUUUACUGUUUGUUUUUUCGCAAAUGUAAGAUGUAGCCACGCUUCUGUAACAUUCAAGAAGUCUAUUUAUGUAAGGAAAGAUUUAUUUUAUGCCAAAAAAACAUCAGCUUUGUUCCCUUUGAGGCUGUAUUUUUAUGAGUUGUAAUUAACUGAGAAGCUGCCUGACGGGCCUGUCAGGUGAACGAUAUGUUUUCACGUGCAUAUUACUUGUAUGCUGCGCCCACUGAUUUACAGGAAAUGCGUUGAAAGAAGACAGUUGCCUCUUCUGUUUAGUUUUGGAGAGAUGAGGAUUGUAUUUUGGGUAACAAGAACAUUUAAGCAUAUCACCUGAAGCCAUGUGUGUUGCUAUACCUCAGACAGACUUCCAUGAACAGAGUAUCCAUAAAACUGCACCUUGAAUUACUUUUAUACCCUCCAAAGUCUUUCACGUGUGCCAUUUAUUUUAUAUGAGAAUCUAGAUAACUUAAAAAAUAUCUGACUUCAGAAGGUUUGGAGAAAAAAAAAGAAAGAAAUGAGCUGACACUGGCCAAGGAACUGCUGUAGCCUCUACUGUAUGUAUGUAUGUCGGUUCAUGUAACCUUCAGUAGCUCUCAUAUAGGUGCUCUGUAAUUAUAUGGAAUUGUUUUAAAUUUCAAGAAUAAACUGGAUGCCGAACAAACUGGA